UAUCUGAAUACGGACCUGCGGCUCGGGUUUUAUUUUCCUUUGGAUCCUGAAGCAGAAUGGAUCCAAGGGAUCUUCAUUGGAAACACUUGCUGUUAGAGCAACUCCGACAGCGGGACAAAAGGGAGAAAGCACCAUUCGAGUCUUUGAUUGCUUCACACUGGAAGCAUUUUGAAAGUGCACAGACAUUGAAGACAAAGAAUGUCCAGCUAACAGUAGAGACAGAAAAACUUAAGGAAGAAAAUCUUGGAUUACAAAUCAAAGCUGAACAAGGUGGAGGGGGAGGGGGAGGAAAUAGCCAGGCUCUGGAACAGAAACUCUUUAAGCUUCAAGAGGAACUCACAGAACUUCACAGGAGGAGAGGAGAGAACACACAGCAGAUAAUUGACCUAAAUAAUGCCCUUCAAGAUAAGGAAAAGGAACUACAAGGAAGGGAUGCCAGACUGAAUGAUCUACUUGCUAAUGAAUUGGCAUUGAAAAUGGAAAUAAAGAAUUUAGAAAGUACCAUAAUGGAAUUAGAGGCCACAAAUCAGAUGCUUAAGGAUGAGCAUCAGGCCUUACAGCUGACAUACACAGGUCUAGAGGAGAAAUUCCGUAAACUAGAGCUGGACAACCAACAACUGCUGGAGAGGUGGAUCAGACAACAGGCCAAAAUGGCUGACCAGCUCAAUGCUGAGAAUGACCAGUUCAUGUUAGUACGACAACAGAAGUUAAGGAAAGACUUGGAAGAAGCAGCAAGGGAAAAUAUUCCAAUUUUACCCGGAAAAGAUGCGGGUGUUUUUGUUCCCACGGCAAUUCCUAUAUGUCUGAGUGCCUCAUUACCCACAAAAGCUCAACACAAAUUUGAUGCCCAUGAAAGUGAUGUUAAUGCUGUCCGAUGGAGCCCCUCCGGAGCAAUGUUUGCCACAGCAGGGUCAGACAGAAAGAUUAAACUGUGGGAGGUCAUUAAUGGUAAAUGUGAAUCUAAAGGUGUCUUGACAGGAAGCAAUGCUGGCAUCAUGGCCCUGGAUUUUGAUCCAGAGGAGAGCACCAUUCUUGGAGCUUCCAAUGAUUUUGCCAGCAGGGUGUGGUCACUCACAGAUCACAGAGUUAGGCACACUUUAACAGGCCACAGUGGAAAAGUCCUUGCAGCUAAAUUUCUUGGUGACAGCAAUAAAGUUGUCUCUGGGAGCCAUGACAGGACUCUCAAAAUAUGGGAUUUACACAGCAGGUCUUGUGUGAAAACAAUAUUUGCUGGUUCAAGUUGUAAUGAUUUAGUGACUAUCCAUGGAACAAACAUUCUCAGUGGACAUUUUGACAAGAGAGUGAGAUUCUGGGAUAGUCGUGCAGACAGCAGCACCAAUGAAAUCUUACUACAAGGCAGGCUGACCUCUCUAGAUUUGUCUCCAGACAAACUGAGUCUGCUGUGCUGUACAAGAGAUGACACUUUGAAGGUGUUAGACUUGAGAAUGAACCAAAUAUCUACUACACUAGCUCAUGAUGAUUUCAAAGUUGGCUGUGAUUGGUCAAGAGCUGUUUUCAGUCCAGACACUAGCUAUGCGGUUGCAGGGUCCAGUGACGGUGCAAUAUUUAUCUGGAAUGUCAAAAGGGGAAAAGUAGAAAAGAUCCUCAAAGAACACACGCAUUCUGUGAUAGCUUGCUCCUGGCAUCCAGUGGGUUCAUAUGUUCUGAGCUGUGAAAAACAACGCAAAACCAUUCUGUGGUCCGAUAUCUGAGUGACUCCUAAAACAUCAAAUGGAAGCUGAGUGUGUUGUUCACACAAAAUAGUCUGAUAAACAAAUGUAAUUAGUUUAGGAAGGAAGAUGUAUGAAACUACCAACUACUGAAAGAAAACUGAUAGUUGUAUCUCAUUUGUGCAUCACUGUUUGUUUUUGCAACAGAAAAAGAGUGGUUUGUUAAAUUGAUGCCUAAUCAAAUGUCCCAGUUUUCCUUGAAAGCACAAACAAAAUGACACAAAAAUUCAAUACCAAAUAGGCCCCACUUUUAUCACCACUGUACAGAGUCCUGUAAAUUGUGUAUUUUGUUGACAUUUUUAAUUCACCAUUGGAAAGGUUCAAAUGAGUUGUGUGAACGAAGUUUAUCUAUUGCCUAAUAGAUGUUUGUUGAUAUAAUAUCAAUUUUUUUUUCUUUUCUGCUGGAAUGAUAAGUCAAAUUUUAAUCAAAAUUGACAACAUCCAUGCCUAUAUAGGUUUAAUUAUUUUAUAUUAUUAAAAAAAAAUGAAGGGCCGUGUGAGGCAUAAAAAAGUAGUACAUGCACAAUAUUACGUAGAGGACUUCCAAGCAAAAAAAACUUCAUGUAUGAAAUGCAGCAUUGAUACAGAUUAUCAAAUUGACGAAGAAGCAUACAUAUUUAUAGGUUCUCCUUAAGAAUGAGAGACUGUAAGCUUCUUUUGUCAUGGAGAUUUUAAGUUUGUUCAUAUCAUGGCCCCAGUGGAGAGAUGGGGCCACAUUUGGGGUCACAAUAUUCAAACAGGAUAUAGAUUAGUUACAAGGCUACAAUUUUAUAUAUAGUGUAAAUGCUGACUUGUUUAUAUUUCAGUAAUAGCAAUGUAACAAGAGUAAGCAGUGGGGCCCUUGGGCCUCUUAUUCUGAAAAAAAGUUUGAAUGUCAAAGAAUAGAAGCAUAGAUUCACUGCUGAGUUGACAACCAGUAUUUUAUACCAAUUUAGUUUUACAAAGUAAGCAUGAUUUGUGAUUUUUUUCUCAUUUAUUGUCGAUAUUUUUUCUUUGUUUGUUUUUUUUUUCUUACCUAAGAAUCGUAGGUUUUUGGAUGUGGCUUAUUAGGGGCAUGUCCUAAAAGCUUUUAUGUGAAUAUUUAAUUUUUUUUUACAGUGGUGUAUAUUUUGGAAUGAAGUCUUUAGAAUAUUUUGUUGUGGGUUUGGAUUAUAUUAUGAGAAAUAUAAAUUUAAUAAACUACGUUGAGUCUAAUAUGUUUAAUAUAAUUUUUAAGCAAUUUUUCUAGAAAACGGUGUUGUUUGUCUAAAUAUAUUGCUCAUUGUUUGCUAAGUGCACUACUGACAUGCUAUGUUAGAUACACUGUGAAGUGGUUGCUUAUUUAAAGAGACUGUAUUUUGCUUAAUUUUGAUACAAUGCACUCAUGUUGAUAAUUAAUAUUAAUUCAUUGCAGACAUUUUGUUGAUAUCAAUGACUGGUCACUUGUCUAUGAUACAUCUUUCAAACUGCUUUAGGGCAGUACACAUGGUAAGGCUUGCCUAAGUUCUAGCUUUACCGAUUGUACACCCAUAAAACACAUUUUUUCAAUCAAGUCCAACUUACGAAUAUAACACUGAUCUAUUUCAUAUGUACAAGACUUAGCCUACCUUUUCUUCUUACCCAAUGAAAACCAUUCGUCCAUGUGUCAAUCUAUUUUUAUCAAACCAUAAAGUAGAAAGAUUUGAAAGUAUUAUCAUAUGAGAUAAUGAAUGUAUCUACAAAUGCGUUGUGUGAAUACAGUUGUCAGUAACUACAUGUAGUAACAUCAUCUUGUACAGCAUUUUAAUGGCUGAAUGCAUUAUUUAGGGCUGAAAAACGUGGAAUAUAUGAAAAUGUUGUUUUUAAUCUUGUAAGUCAUGCCUUAGCAUGUGGACAUGAUAGCUUAUGGCUUGCAAAAAACAGAAGGUUUUAGACAUAUAAAGCAAGUCUUACUGUAUGUACAGAUCCUUAAAUCACAACUAGAAACCUAAAAUAAAUAGUUUUAAAUAUGGUGCGUACUAAUGAAUGAAAAUAUGGGUGCAUAUUGUAUUGUAAUACUUGACGUUAUCUGUAUGAAAACUUUUUACUGAUUUGUAUCUGCAAGAAUUCCAGGUAUGAGAGUAUAUGAGAGUUGUACACUGUCAUAAUGAUAACUUCAGGGUAUGUUUGUUAGUUUUUCUUUCUAAUUAUAAAUCAAAACUCUAUACUUCCAUUAAAAUGUUUGUAAAUGCUCUAAGACAGGAAAUGUGUUGGUUAAAGUCUAUGGUAAACAAAUAGUUAACUUAGAACUUUAUAAAAGCUUGUGGCAAAGUAUUUUUUAUCAGUUUUCCUUUUGAUUAUGUUUAUGAUUUAUAUCAAAUUGGAUAUAGAUGUAUAUGUUUGUCUUGUAUGUAUGAGUGAUGUAGUUAGUGAAUGUAGUUAAACAAUUAAGUGAACUGGUAAAUGUUAAACAAUUUGUUAUUGGGUGUAUUAGAACACUCGCGCUGAAUCAUGUACUAAAUAAAGAAAGUGUGUGUAUGUGAAUUAAAAUUUCUGAAUGAUUGCUAACUAAAAGUUUGUAUGUUAUGACAUAUGUUGUUGAAUUAAAUAUUUAUAA